AUGUCGAAAAGCGAGAAGCCCGUAGCCAUCGUGGUAGGCGCCUCUCGAGGCAUCGGAAGACAAGUGGCCAUCGAUCUGGCAAGGAAUGGAUACGCAGGUAGGUACCUACUCUCGCCUGUCAUUUGCUGAAGAACGAAGAACUUGAACUCACGAAGCUUCCACGCACAAGUCGUCGUAGCCGCCAAAACGACCUCGGACGCAUCCAAAUGCCACCCUUUCCCCCCGGACCCCAACUCCCCUGCGUCAACAAUCAACACCGUCGCGCGCGAAAUCUCAUCCGAGAACAACGAAGCCUACCCCAUACAAGUAGACGUCCGCUCCCACGCCGCCAUGCAAUCCCUCAUCCAGACGACGGGUGACAAAUUCGGCAGGAUAGACGUUCUGAUCUACAAUUCCGGGGCGAUCUGGUGGAGUUCCAUUACCAAGACUCCGAUGAAGAGGUUUCGGUUGAUGCAGAGUAUCAAUCCGGAAGGCUUGUAUGGGUGUGUACAGGAGGUGUUGCCCUGGAUGACACGGCGCGGGACUGGCGAGGGGAGGAUCGUGGUGAUCAGUCCGCCCAUCUAUAGGAGGUUUUUGAAGGGGAAGACGGCUUAUGCGAUGGGGAAAUGGGGUAUGAGUGCGCUUACGAUGGGUUUGGCGGUGGAUUUUGAGAGGGAAGGGUUGGAUGGCAUGGCUAUUACGAGUUUGUGGCCGGCCGUGGUGAGUAUUCCUCUUCCUCCUCCUCCUCCUCCAACAGCAACCUCUCCUAAAUCCCAUACUAACCAUGCUCCACCACACAAGGCAAUCGAAUCAGCAGCAACCCAAUCCUCCUCAGCAGAAGAGACCCGCCAAUCUCUCCGCAAACCCACAAUCUUCUCCGAUGCAAUCCUUUCAAUUCUGCGCGCAUCUCCCAAAGACGUGUCUGGGAAAUGUCUCCUGGAUGAAGACUAUCUCCGCGAGCACGAUGGAAUUCAGGACUUUAGCAAGUAUGCUCUGGUGCCUGGAUCAACACCGAGAAGGAUCAUGCCCGCCAGGCUUCCCGAUUUACGAGUCGAGGAGGAAGACGACGAGGGCGUGAGGAUAGACAGCACCGAGAGCCGUAGCGGAAGAGAAACAAAAUUGUAG